AUGUUUAAGAAGGAGAGUAUUUUUGAUUUGUCGAAAUACAUCGACAAACAUAUAAGAGUAAAGUUCCAAGGAGGUCGUGAAGCAAGUGGAGUUUUAAAAGGCUUCGACCCGCUGUUGAAUCUUGUGUUGGAUGGCACCACUGAAUACAUGCGAGAUCCUGACGAUCAGUAUAAGCUGACCGAAGACACCAGGCAGCUCGGUCUGGUUGUGUGUCGAGGGACGUCAGUCGUGCUGAUCUGUCCACAGGACGGGAUGGAAGCCAUUCCCAACCCUUUCAUUCAACAGCAGGAUGGAUAAUAUUCAGCUGUGUUUUUUUCUUGCAUUGUGUAGAUGCCUGGUGAAGAAAACACAUGAUUUUUGUUAGGUCUGAAAUCAUGAAAGAUACAUUUUGUAUUUAGACUCAGGAUAAAUGUUUUUGGUUGGUUUCGUUUCUGUUGUUUAUAAAACUCGCAUAUUUUUGUGUGUUGAUUAUGGUUUGAAUUAUAAGGCAUGUUUUCUGUUCAUGAAAAUGAGUGCGUAAUGGUUCUUUCAGUGUCGUUUUUUUAUAAAUUUGGACGUUAAUAAACAUCUGGGAUGUAACCAUUUCUAAAUUAAGCAAAAACAAAGAUGCCUGUACCUUAAAGGGUCCUUUUCAGAAGGCUUUUGUACACACACAAACAGUCGGACAUUCAGCAAGCUUUCAGAGAACGUCUUUGUAUAAUCUAAAUGGAAACUGUAUUUUGAAGGUCUUCAGUUCUGAGAAGCCUCGAGAAAACAUUUUGUUUACUUUUGUGGUGUUGUCUCCAAUGUUUUACACUCACAAAACUAAUUACUAAGAUUAAAGACCGUUAUGGACCCUU